GAAAUGUGCAUUCGGAUAUUACACGUAUCCAAAUGGCACACGCUACACAGCUCGGAUGGUCUUUGACCAGGAAACACAACGAUGUGCGCUUGAGGCUGCCUACUGUCCCAGGAUUCCACAGAACUACUCAGAAGUUCAAAAUUAUCCUGACACUGACUCUUUCACAGAACUGAACAAACGUUCUUGCAUUCGUAACGAGCACGACUGUGUUGGCAAAAAAACAGGUGACUACCGAGCCUGCAGCCCAGAGUGUAAAAGAGGAGUCUAUUAUAGCUGCAGUUACGACGUCGGAUACAGAAU